AUGGCUUACCCAACAUCAUAUGCACCAAUACAUCGUGGUUUUCUACUAUGUCAUAUGUCACCAGUUUCAUGUAAACGUAGUAUAUCCGAUAUGGAAGAAAUCAAAGAACGAUCGAUAGCAACUAUUGGUGAUUAUCUUCAAGCAUGUGUUUCUUCUGGGAAUUCUAUGCGAUAUUGUCUUGAUCAACCAUUGUAUCGUGGAGAUGAACGAAUUAAAUAA